GUCGGGCCUGCGGCAUUCCUAUACCAGAUCCACUUCUCGACUGGCAAGCAGACCAAAGACAGCUGAAGACUUUCAGGCCAGAGGCCUUCGCGUUUUGGUAGGGAUCGCUUUUGCAGCAUCUUGGAGGCGGAGAUCUCGAGGUUUGCUCAUGCGCAGAGCAGAGGCAGCCUUUGCAGAUGAGCCCAAGGAGUUUCAGAGCCGGAACGGAGAGGAUAGCAUUUCCGGAAGCAAACAGGAACCUGAUGAGCUCUCAGAAACACAGGAGUUCCUCAUGUCUAUCGGUUUGUCUGCCAAGCAGCUUUGGAAGGUACAAAAAUUCUGGUCGAUCAGCGGAGAAAGAGUGCCGCCACUAUCAAGGUGUGAGAUGGUGAGGGACUAUUUGCAGACAGAGGUUGGUUUGAACUCCGAGCAGCUCGCUAGGACAAUUGCAGAUUGCCCAGAAGUUCUGGAGGUGUUCUCGGUCGAGACUUUGAAAGAGAAGGUCCGGUUUUUGGAGGUUGAAGUGGGCAUUGACGAUGAUUUGCCAGAGAUCAUCGCAGCAUAUCCCAAGGUCUUUUGCAGACCGAUCUUGACAACGCUGAGACCGGCUCUGGAGUUUUGGUUGGGCACAGCAAAGGUGAGCCCUGAGGACUUUCCACAGCUGCUCAAGAAGCAUGCUGUGCAAAUUUGGUCAAGGCCACAAAGCUUAAAGCCAAAGCUGCGGUUUGCCAAAGAGGUCAUGGGUCUCUCAGUGGAAAAGGUACUGGCAUGCAAGACACCCUUCUUUCGUUUGUCCGUGGCAAAGACUGUAGCUCCACGCCAUUUCUUUGCUAUCCAGAAGAAGGCUUCUGGCUUGGACCUUGAAGAUCUCGUGGGCAUUGGUGAUGCAGCCUUUUGCAAGAAGGUUGGCGCAAAGCUCAAGGAGUAUCAAGAGUGGAUGGAGGAGUGGCCGUACAGCCAGCAAGCCCGAGCGCUUAGCUGGCUGGAGCCAAAGAAGAGUUCAGCGAGCCCUUCGGGUGGUCGAAGUAGAUCGCAGAAUCAGAAAAGGUUCAGAGAUCGAAGAUUCGAAAGGAAAGGGCGCUGGUCAAAAUGGAGCAGGAACACGCAGAGAGGUGUCCCCUCUCGUGGUGACAGCUUCCAGCAACCCCGUUUCGAGAAGGCCGAUGAUUGGGAGGAACGCUUCUCAAGGGCCGAGCUUUGA